AUGGUGAAGGAGCCAUCAUUCUCCAACCGUGCUUCGUUUGUGGCAGCUGGAGCAUUGCUAGCAGCUACUACCCUUAGUGUGGACAGGCUGAAAUGGCAGAAACUGUACGCAGAUGCAUCUGAAAAGGAGGCGGCAGCACCACCAAAACCAAAAAAGGUGCGCAUCACUGCGUUUGACGCCAUUCGCUUCUUCCUCAUUGCGUACAUUGUGUGCGGCCACUUUAUCAGCUUUGCGGCGCCAAGUCCAUUCGCAUUGAAAGCCAUCUCGCAGAUCAAUGUGGUUGUGGGGGCAUUCUUCGCAUUGAGUGGCUAUGUCGCAGCGUAUACAACCACGGAGAACGCGGAGCGGGCUGCAAGCCCAAAGUUGCUGAACACGCCGGCACCGAAAUGGAUUUUGCAACGUGUUUUUGGAUACUAUCCACUGCACUUGUUGGUUCUCCUGAUUUUCUCGCCCAUGUUCUUGUUCUCAGACGUGACCUUCAGUGGUUGGCCUACUGCAAUUUGGCAUGGCUUCUUGUCGGCCGGCAUGCUGCAAGCAUGGUUCCCCAUGCACGCAGAGGUUUGGAAUGCUCCAACCUGGUUUCUAUCAGCCCUCACCUUUGCCAUGGCCGCGCUGCCCUUCGCCCUGCCAGUCCUGGCGAAGCAGAGCAAAGCGCAGCUGCGCCGAACCGCUUUGGUCCUUUUCCUCGUGGGUUUGUUGCCGAAGCUGGGAUAUUGCUACGACCACCAGGCCUGGGGAAUGCUGGAGGGAGCCAUGUCUCCGAAGGCCUUGCCGAACUUGGCGAUGUUCAACGUGCAGCGCUUCAGCCCCUUCUAUGCCUUGAUUGAGGUCUUGCUGGGAGCAGUUGCUUGCCGCAUGGUCAUGCUCGAUGGUGCUGAGGGAGAGGAAAAGGCUCCGAAGACGAACGUUCUCAGCACUGCGCUUCCUUUGCUGGGCAUGGUGGGGAUUUGCAAGUGGCUUCAGUGUUCCCUCGAGGAGUCCCCGUUGUUGGCACCUCGCCUCAACAAAUCCCCUGGCUCUGCAAGCAGCUGGGUGGAACGCGCCAUGGUCAGCACAGCUGCUUCAAGCUGCGAAGCCGUUCCGAUGACCUUGGAAGAAGUUGCCAUGGCCGCUGCCGCGGACACCACAGCGCGCAUCCGCGCGGCUGCGGAGCGCGCCUUGGCGCCUCGCGGAGCCGUGCCGGCCCCGCCCUGGGCUUUGGUGCCGAUGGCGCCGAUGUACUCCUGGCAGCCCUAUGUUCCAAUGAUGCCAUCGAUGGGGCCUUUGGGCAUGGGAUCUAUGGGAUCCAUGGGGCUCAAAAGUGAUGAGAAGAAACACCGGGAGGAAUUGCAACAUGAGUUGGCAGAUUUGCGAAGCCGCUUCCAAGAGCUGCAAGACUCCUACAAUCAGCUGGAGAAAGAGAAUCAUCAGUUAAAGACCGUGCCUGGAACUGCAGGCAAACUGGACGAGACCUGUCGGCGACAAGAACAGGACAUCAUCCACUUGAAGAGGGCUUUGAAGGAAAGAGAAGAAGGCGAAGCGUCCCUGAGGCGGUUGUUUGUGGAAGAACAGGCACUGAGCCGAAAUGUGCUCAGGGAGAACGAGCGCUUGAAGCACGAACUCAGCGCCCUGGCAGUGCCAUUGGACGUGACCCGAACCUUUGUGUUUUGCUCACAGCCCAAGUGUGUGGGGCAUAUGCGGCAUAUACAUUUUCGCGCUGUCGCCAUGAGCGAGCUUCAGCAGUGGGCUGAAAGCGCAGGGCGCUUUGCAAAAUCUGGAGAGAAGUUGGAGUUGCAGGUGAAGGGGCGACAGAAGGAGGAGGUUAUGCAAGUGACCAACAGUACCAAAUCGAAACUUUGGUACUGCGGUUUCUGCGGUGACAGCUGCAUUCCGCGCAGCAUCGCCAAGCACCUGGUGAAGCCUCAGCAGCUUGGGAAACGCGGCAGCUGCGGCGAGGUCACCGUAGAAGCGCUGCGCGAGGUCAUGUGCUUCUGCGCAGCAGAAGAUGCCGAGCUGGCGGAGCAGAAGAUCCAGGAGAUCGGAGGUGGCACAGCGGAGCCCAAGGCCGAGCCCAAAGAGCCCAAGGAGCCCAAGGAGCCCAAAGAGCCCAAGGAGCCCAAGGAGCCCAAGGAGCCCAAGGAGCCCAAGGAGCCCAAGGCGCCGAAGGCAAAGGGCAAGCGGAGCUCCGAGGCGCCCAAGGAGUCUCCAAAGCGGGCGAAGGCGAAGGCUGCGCCCAAAAGCCCGGAAAAAAGAAGGGCCAAGGACGAAAAGCCCCAGAACGCUGAAAAGCCGGAGACAAAGGCAGACGAGAGGAGUGACGUGAAAGGAGCAGAGAAGAAAGGUAAGAAGGAGAAGAACGAGGAGAAGGAAAAGUUUCAGAGCAAAGAGCCGCAGGAAGAGAAGCCAGAUAGCAAAGAGUCCAAAGAUGCCAAGGACCCUGAGAGCCCCAAGGGAAAGAAGCGAAAAGAGAUGGUGGCGGCCACAUCUACCGCGUCGAAAAAGGGCAAGACAGGCAAGGAAGCAAAACCAAAGGUGGAUGCUGAGGCUGAGGCAGUCCACAAUCACAAUGGCUCCGAUCACGAGGAUGACAUGGAGCAGGAGCCGGUAGAUGAAGUUUGCCUUGGCAUAGAUGGUGUGGAAGAUUGGGAGCUACCAAACAUCCCUGAAGUCGGCUUAGUGGCUUCUGCCAGCGCAGUGGCUGAGACGCUCUUAUUGACCUUGGAACUCAAGUCCAAUGAGCUCACUGAGGUGGUGCAGCUGCAGAGUGAUCAGUCGGAAUUCCUGACGAAAAAGUUUGGCACUUCCACCUGGUCCAGCCUCAUCGCCGCCGUGGCCGAUGCCACUCUGGACGUGCAUUGGGAUUCGGUCACCAUCACGGCGGACAGCCCCAGGGGCCGAAUGAUCGCAGCGACGCUCCUCAGCCGUGCAAUGGAGUUCCACUCUGAUGGAGGGAUCAUCGUGGGCAAAGGUCCCAUGCAUCCGUUUAUCACCGUGGUGAAGCUUGGUGCACUUCCGCAUUCGUACCUCGAGUGGUUUGCACAGCUUGGGGAGAAACACCAGGUCUGCAUCAUCCCAGCCCGCCUCGCAGGUUCCCUGGAACUCGUGAAAGGUGCAUCCGUGCAAGUGCAGGAAAGAGACGGAUGGAUUUCUGCUGAGAUCACGAAGGAACCCUGCAUGGGGUUGCUUUGGGUCAGCAUCGAUGGCUCGCAACGAGAAGUGGAAGUUUCCAGCCUGCGCUGCGGCUUUGACUUAGUCGCCAUCUUUGGUGAACAGCAGCAGCGGGCCAUGGUGCAGCUGGCGCUUAUGAGUGAUUGCUGGAGCCGGGCCACUGGCUGCUUCGGUGAAGAUUCCAUGCUGGCACUGGGACCGCGGGAGGACUGGGGAACUUAUCGCAAAUACUUCCACGACACCACCUUCAUUCAGACCUAUAGUCACUAUGUGGAAAAGGUCCUGCAACCAGCCAGUGGCUGUGCUGCCAGAUUCAUUGGGCAGAUGUUUUUUGCCGCAGGCUUUCGCGAGUCUAGAUGUUGUGCAGCGCUGAUGCUCAGGGACUUGGAGAAGGCUUACAAGAACUACGGUGAGAUUUCUUUCGGAGAAGAGACCAAGCGCUUCAGUCUGAGAAUCACCCCCAAUCGGCCCAGCAUGAAGAGCCUUCUGGGCCGCCAGUCCGGUCACCCGCUGCAAGAAGAGGAAAAAUUCCAAUGCGCCGUCUUUCUGGGCCGAGGGAGAGAGAAGAAACAGGACAUGUCCCAGCUGCCAGAGGGCACGAGUGUCGAGGUGUUCAGUGGUGGAUGCUGGUGUGAGGUCAUUAAAGCUGCGAAUGAAGAGUCUGACACCUCAGAAGGCAUCAAGGUGACCUGGCCAAACAGCGGCUCUUCAGUAUUUCAGUCAUCUCAAGUUCGAAGUCUGGGCAGCGAGGUGCUUUGCAGCAGCGUGUCUGCUUUCCAACGCGUUUGCACGGCGCUCCAUUUCCUUGCCAGAUCUUCCGACACUUCCAAAGAUGGUGGCUUUCAAGCCUUGAGGGAUGUUCACAAACUGCCUCAAACGGCUGGCAAGGUCGAGAUCAUUGAGGCACCAAGGGGCACCAAUGCUGCACAGACAGAGUGGCGCCAACACGUGGCCGCAUGCUGCCAACGAAUUGCCACGGCCUCGAAUUGCGCAGCAGAAAUGAUAGGAGGCAGUUUAGUCCUUUUUGGCGACGCUGCAGCGCGUGAAUCUGCACAGCUUAUCCUGCCAUGGAUCGUUGAGCAGGCAGGCAAUGCCUUGGCAUCGCUUGUGCCAAAGGUCGAUCUGGCAGAAGUGGAGCUCACCGAGGAAGAAGUGAAGAUGCUGACAGUGAACAUCAUCCAAGAGGUUGAGAAAAAGGCGAAGGCCUACAUCUUCCUGCGAGAUGACAACAGCCAGUACCUGUACAAGCAUGGCGACAGCAUUGAGUUCCUCUACCGACAGCACCAAGGAGACGAAGGCAAGUGGUGCCGGGGUACCUUUGUGCGCAAGUGCGUGGGUGCCACGCAUCAAGCAAAGAUACGGUACCAGCACCAACAGCGAGAUCUCGAACAUGUUGCCAGCUUGAAAGACGUCCGGCCAGACGAGUCACAGCGAAAGGCCCCCGCCGUCUGCGUCUACAGCCGCUUCUCGCGUAGCAGCGGCCGUGGUGGCGUCACAGUCGUGGCACGCUGCUUAAAGGCGGCCCUUCGUGAUGCCUUGGGGAAAGCAUCCACUGGCCAAGGACGAAGGAAGGGAGGAGGAAAGGCCCAAAGCUCGACGUGGAAGAAUGACUGGCCAAACAGAGACGACAAGAAAGAGGACUGGAAGAAGCAAGACGACUGGAAGAAGGAUAACUGGAAGAAGGAGGAGGACUGGAAGAAACAAGAAGACUGGAAGAAGAAAGACGACUGGAAGAAGGAAGAGGACUGGAAGAAGCAAGAAGACUGGAAGAAGAAGGACGACUGGAAGAAAGAGGAGGACUGGAAGAAGCAAGAAGACUGGAAGAAGGAGGAGGACUGGAAGAAGCAAGAAGACUGGAAGAAGGAUAACUGGAAUAAGGAGGAGGACUGGAAGAAGCAAGAAAACUGGAAGAAGAAGGAUGACUGGAAGAAGCAAGAAGACUGGAAGAAGAAAGAUGACUGGAAGAAAGAGGAGGACUGGAAGAAAGAGGAGGACUGGAAGAAGCAAGAAGACUGGAAGAAGACGACGAAGGAGGACUGGAACCAAGACCGAGGCUGGCAUAAGAGGGAAAGCUGGAAUCAGCCCAGUGGCUGGCAGAAGGCUUGGAAAGCUGAAAAAAGCUGGCAAAAGGAAGCUGGCCAACAAGGGGACCAGCAGAACUGGCAAAAUGACCAGAAAGACUGGCGACCAACAGAGGAUCGGCAGGGUCAUGGACAAGAAGACGCUGAUGUUGGGCAAACUGUCCAACCCGAAGCAUCCCAAGCCUCUGCAAGCAAGAACUCAUGGCAAGGCAAUGGAGAGGAGACCAAAACAGAGGACCAGAAAGUUGCGGAAGAGACUGCCCCUGAAGCUCCUGCUGAAGAAAAGUAG